AAACACGCUCCUCGAAUGACUACUUCAAACCUGGGAGAAACUAAACCUUUUUAAAUUUGAUUGCGAUCUGUGAUUGGUCCUCGAACCCACAAACUAACAUUGCCUUCCAUUCUCAAUCUCAUCCUCCAAAAAUGUCCUCCAUCAACCUUACUAGUACACGUACUUGUACUAGUACUACUUGGCUGUUAUUUAUCCACUUUGUGCUGUAUCUUCCUCUGUUACAUGCACUUCACUUCAACUAUCCCGAUUUCAAAGACGUCAAUGGGAUAGUCACUUCCGGGCAGGCCAACGUCACAGAAGGAAUUCUAAGGCUCACAAAUGGUUCACCAAUUACCACUGUUGGUAGAGCAGUGUAUGAUAAACAAGUACGUCUUUGGGACAAUUCCACUGGGAAGGUUACAGAUUUCACCACCAGUUUUGAUUUCAGCAUUAAGAAAAUGGGAAAUGAUUCGAUUGGUGCAGAUGGGUUUGCUUUCUUCCUCGCUAAAAAUGGAUCCCAAUCGCCUGACAGGUCACAUGGAGGCUGCUUCGGACUCAUUUCCAAUUGUACCUAUAAUUCGGCAGAUGGGCUGGUGGCUGUUGAGUUCGACACUUUCAGAAACACCGUUGAUCUAGGAAGCAAUCAUUUCGCGAUCGACGUCAACUCCAUCUAUUCUGUUAAAACCAGGGAAAUGACCAGACCUUUGAACGAUGGAUCGAAGAUUCAUGUGGCGAUCAAUUACGCUUAUUCAACCAACAAUUUCAGUGUCACUUUAUCCUUCCUUGGAAGCUCAUCCUCAAAUGAUCAUGGAAGUUUUAACAUUUGGACUUUGAUCGAUAUACCAAGAGUCAUGCCCGAAUAUGCCACUGUCGGAUUCGCUGCUGGAACUGGCACUUACACUCAGAAACAUGAAGUUCUUUCAUGGGAAUUCAAUUCAACUGAGUCUCCUGCAGGAGAACGGGAGAUCAAUUCAACAGGGUGGUCCCCUGCAGGAAAUAACGAGCAAGGCAGAAUGAAUAAUGUUGCAGUGGUGGUUGGUCCUGUAGUUGGUGGAGUUUUUAUAAUUGUUGUAAUUGGUCUGUUCUAUUGGAGGAGAGCUCAAGGGGUGGUUGAAUUUGAAGAUCAAGAAGGAACCUCGGGAUUCGAAAAUGCUAUGAACCGGGAAUUCGAUCACAACACAGGUCCUAGGAGGUAUUCCUACAGUGAAAUGGUCAGGGCCACUAAUAACUUUGCUAAACAAGGUCUGCUUGGAGAAGGGGGAUUCGGAGAGGUUUACAAAGGCUUCCUAAGCCAACUGAAUAUGACGAUUGCAGUUAAAAGAGUGUCGAAACGGUCCAAACAGGGAAGAAAGGAGUACAUAUCCGAGGUGAAAAUAAUCAGCGGAUUGAGACACAGAAAUUUAGUGAAGCUGAUGGGUUGGUGCCAUGAGAAGGGAGAGCUCCUUCUCAUCUAUGAGUUCAUGCCUAAUGGCAGUCUCGAUUCUCACCUGUUUCGAGAGAAGACCAUGCUCAAAUGGGCAGUCAGGUAUAAGAUGGCCCUUGGCCUUGCCUCGGCAUUGCUAUACCUGCAUGAAGAGUCGGACCAAAGUGUGAUUCACAGGGACAUAAAAUCGAGCAAUAUAAUGUUGGACUCGGAUUUCAACACGAAACUAGGGGAUUUUGGUCUGGCAAGGUUGAUGGAUGAAGACGCAGUCGCCAAGACAACAGCGUUGGCAGGGACAUUCGGGUAUAUGGCGCCGGAAUAUAUAAGUAAGGGCAAGGCAAGUAAAGCAUCCGAUGUGUAUAGCUUUGGGGUGGUGGCUUUGGAGAUAGCAUGUGGAAGAAAAUCAAUUGAAAGUAACAGUGAUGCUUCACUGGCAGCUUGGGUGUGGGAGAUGUAUGGAGAGGAUAGAGUGGUUGAUGUGGUGGACAAGAGAUUGGGUAUGGAGUUUGAAGCAAAAGAGUUGGAAUGUUUGGUGAAUGUUGGGCUUUGGUGCGCACACCCUGAUCAUACUCUCAGACCAUCCAUUAGGCAGGCCUUACAGGUUCUGCAAUUUGAGGCACAUUUUCCUGAUCUUCCCAAAAGCAUGCCUCCUCCAAACUACAAUUUAGGCAGCUUGGAAGAGGAACCUCCUGUGCCCUCCUCUGCAGCUGCACAUAAUUCAUUGUCUUUUACUUCUAUUAAUGUUGGUCGUUAAAUGAUGAACUUGUUUAUCAUGUAUUUGUUAAUUCCAUACCAAUUUCAAAGGCUGUCAAUUUCCAUUC